AUGACUGGACGAAGAGCGCUUACACCAAUGCAACUUCAAGAAGCAAAAGAUGCAUUUGAUCUCUUUGAUACUACAGGAACUAAUACUAUUGAACAAAAAGAGCUUAAAAUUGCGUUAAUGACGCUGGGAUUUAACAUUUCUAAAGAAGAACUUCGCACAGUUGUUUCAGAACUCGACUCAAGCAAUACAACUACCAUUGAUUUUAAAGAUUUUAUUCAAAUAGUCGAAACACUCUUACCAAGUCGUGAUCCAGUUAAGGAGCUUACAGAAGCCUUUAAUUUAUUUGAUAUUGAUCAUACGGGCCGUAUUACUGCCAAAAAUAUAAUGGAUGUUGUUGCAAGCAUGGAUGAACAACUGACAGAACCUGAAAUUCAUGAAAUCAUUGCUGAAGCCGAUAAAAGAGGCGAAGGCGAUAUAACUCUAGAAGAAUUUAUUGAUUUAAUCAAAGAUAAUGCAAUAUUUUGA